AUGCAACCUUAUAUUGCUAUUCCUGGGAUUUUUGCCCUCGUAUAUAGAGCCUGGUCUCACAAGUCUCUUACACCCUUUGGCAUCGUGGUGGCUACAGCAACAGCGGUUAUUCACGCGAUCCAUCCAUGGAGCGUUUGGUUCGCUCUGCUUACUGUCUUCUUUCUCGGUGGAAGUAGGGUCACAAAAGUGAAACACGAGAUCAAACAGCGCUUAACUCAGUCUGCUGCGGGUGCCUCAGGCGGCGAGGGCCCAAGGACCCAUAUCCAAGUUCUCGCAAACUCCAUCGUAGCGUCGACACUCAUUCUACUCCAUGCUCAUCAGUUGCGAUCCAAAGAUGCAAAUUCCCGCUGCUGGUCUGGCUAUGGCGAUCUUCUUGUUAUCGGAAUUGUCGCCCAAUACUCUGCUGUCGCUGCUGAUACAUACUCGUCAGAACUCGGUAUACUUUCUCGCAGUCACCCGCGACUCAUCACAUCUCCCACUCUCCGGAAAGUUCCCCCAGGCACAAAUGGAGGAGUCACCGUAGCUGGUAUACUUGCCGGACUACUUGGUGCUUUCACAAUUGGAUUGACUUCUGCGCUACUCCUUCCGCACUGUUCCAAUCGCCAGUCUGCAUCAAAAGGGGAAACUAUAUGGCAAAUACGAGAAAGGCUUGUCUGGAUUGCUUUGGUAACUAUUUGUGGCGGCUUAGGGAGCUUGCUUGAUAGCUUUCUGGGUGGUCUCCUUCAAGCUAGUGUCAUUGACAUAAGGACCCACAAGGUUGUGGAAGGCGAAGGCGGUCAUAAGGUUCUCGUCGACGGCCCUGGCUCGUUGCAUUACAGUAAACUUGCACAGAUUCGAAGUGCAGCCACUUCAGAGGAAGGUCCGAGUGCAGUUGAGCAGACUCAGGCAACCUCGCCGAAUACUAUCGAGGGACCAGAAACGCUUCGACAACGUGGUCCUAAAAUAGGCGAUCGCCCCGAGGUGUCCUCACGCCCGAGUCGUAAAGUGAUCAGCGGUCGCGAUCUCCUUGAUAAUAACGGAGUUAAUCUUCUUAUGGCUUUCUCCAUGAGCUUUGCGAGCAUGUUUGCUGCCAGUUGGUACUGGGACAUUCCGCUUCAAAGUAUUUUGCAGUAA